AUGGAUACCAAGAUCGGUGCUCUAGAUGUUGUUCCUGUUUCCAAUGGCAAUGUAUGUUGUCCUCCCAAAACCGCUGUUGCUUCUUGUGUACAGUCCUCCCCUGUAUCGUUCAACUCCAGCGAGGCCACACUCGGUCGCCACCUUGCUCGCCGGCUUGUCCAGAUCGGUGUCUCCGACGUGUUUUCUGUUCCCGGUGACUUCAACUUAACUUUGCUGGAUCACCUCAUUGCUGAGCCCGGGCUCAAUCUCAUUGGCUGUUGCAACGAGCUGAAUGCAGGCUACGCGGCCGAUGGAUACGCUAGGUCUCGUGGCGUUGGUGCAUGCGUUGUGACGUUCACCGUUGGUGGACUUAGUGUACUCAACGCCAUUGCCGGUGCCUACAGUGAGAAUCUUCCGGUUGUUUGUAUCGUCGGUGGACCGAAUUCGAACGAUUACGGUACGAACAGAAUUCUUCAUCAUACUAUUGGAUUGCCGGAUUUCAGCCAAGAGCUUCGUUGUUUUCAGACAGUCACUUGUUAUCAGGCUGUGGUGAAUAACUUGGAAGAUGCACAUGAACAGAUCGAUACUGCGAUUUCGACUGCUCUGAAAGAGAGCAAACCUGUUUACAUCAGUAUUGGCUGUAAUUUGUCUGCAAUUCCACAUCCUACUUUUAGCCGGGAACCAGUUCCAUUUUCUCUACCCCCUAAGUUGAGUAACCGCAUGGGUUUGGAAGCAGCUGUUGAGGCUGCAGCAGAGUUCUUGAACAAGGCUGUGAAGCCUGUAAUGGUCGGUGGACCUAAACUGCGUGUUGCAAACGCAUGCCAGGCGUUUGUCGAAUUGGCAGAUGCAUCCGGAUAUGCUCUUGCCGUCUCCCCUGCAGGAAAAGGGCUAGUUCCCGAGCACCAUCCUCACUUCAUUGGGACAUACUGGGGUGCUGUAAGCACAGCAUUCUGUGCAGAAAUUGUUGAAUCAGCGGAUGCUUACAUAUUUGCUGGACCUAUAUUCAAUGAUUACAGCUCUGUAGGUUACUCUCUCCUUCUGAAGAAAGAGAAGGCGCUAAUCGUGCAACCUGAUCGUGUUGUGGUUGGAAAUGGACCCACUUAUGGUUGUAUUAUGAUGAAGGAUUUCUUGCAAGCAUUAGCCAAGAGGCUUAAGAAGAACACCACUGCCUAUGAGAAUUACCAUCGGAUUUAUGUGCCUGAUGGGCAUCCUCUGCAAUGUGCUCCUAAAGAACCAUUGAGGGUUAAUGUUCUGUUUGAACACAUACAGAAGUUGUUGUCCAGUGAUACAGCUGUGAUCGCGGAAACCGGAGAUUCCUGGUUCAAUUGCCAGAAACUAAAAUUGCCACAGGGAUGUGGGUAUGAAUUCCAGAUGCAAUAUGGGUCGAUUGGAUGGUCUGUUGGUGCUACCCUUGGGUAUGCACAGGCUGCGACAGAUAAAAGAGUGAUUGCUUGCAUUGGUGAUGGUAGCUUCCAGGUUACGGCCCAAGAUGUGUCUACAAUGCUGCGAUGUGGCCAGAAUAACAUCAUCUUCCUGAUAAACAAUGGUGGUUACACCAUCGAAGUAGAGAUCCAUGACGGGCCUUACAAUGUGAUCAAGAAUUGGAACUACACUGCAUUAGUUGAUGCAAUCCACAACGGCGAGGGAAAGUGUUGGACGACAAAGGUGUUUUAUGAAGAAGAGUUGAUCGAAGCGAUAGAGACUGCAAUGGGAGCGAAGAAGGAUUGCUUGUGCUUCAUUGAAGUGAUGGCUCAUAAGGACGACACAAGCAAAGAAUUACUCGAGUGGGGUUCGAGAGUCUCGGCUGCCAACAGCCGUCCUCCAAACCCUCAGUAGAUCGAUGCCUUCCAUAAUUAUCGUAAUUUUUAUUCGUAUCAUCGAAAUAAACCAAACGGAACGUACUAUUUUUCUAGGCCUAUUUGUAAAAAUACGAGAAUGAUGUUAUGUUGUAUUUGAUAUUUUGAUUCAAGCAAGUGUUGUUUUGAUUUGAACGUUUGAUCAUUUUAAUUACACCUUUCACAGAAUACACGUCAAUAUUUCAUA